UUGAGACAUCCAAAUGUGGCAAUUGCUCUGGACCAUCGGCGCCAUAGCCAGCUUCCUGCAAACUCCGCAGCCUGCAGCAGCGGCCAACGUUUUGAAACACGGAUACUUUGUGGAGAUGAGGCAAAUGGAUUGCGUGGGAAAUCCCACCUACUUGGCCAACGUGAGCUGCAAGAUUUUGCCACCUCGGAACACAACCAUGGAUGGCUAUGGCGAAGUUGUACAAAAAAUUCCCACUUUGUUUGCAUCGCUCAGGGUUUCCCUGCCUAAUCCGAAGAAGGUGUACAUCCAGAUUUUCGCUAUCACCUUCGAUGUGUGCAAGGUUAUUCGGGAGGGCACCCGGAAGAUGCUGAUCGAUUUUUUGGUGCGAACUUUGUCCCGAAACAGCAAUGUGGUCAUACGAUGCCCCUUUCCAAAGGGUAAAUACUACUCGAAGAACAUAUCGGUGAAAGACCUGCCGCCCAUGCUAACCGAGAACGAUUUCCUGGCCAACUUUGACCUCUUCAUACCGAAGGUGGCCGUCGUGAUGAAUGUCACACUGAAGGGUCGUCUCUUUGACAUUGCCAAGGAGAAUGCCAGGAAAAAGAAAUAUCUAUAAUGCUGUCGAUCUGUAAU